CUGCUGGCUGCGCUGGCGAGCUGGCCCGAGUCUCCCAGUUCCGCCGCCUCCCCGCCUGUGCCGCUCCCUCGCCUGCCCCCCUUCCCCCGUCCCUCCCCCAGUUGCAGUGGUCUGGCGGUGCCUGGCCGGCGGCCCGCGGGCGGGCCGCCCUCCCCGCGGUAGCCCACCCCCCUCUUAAAGCGGCGGCGCGAAGAUGAGGUUUCGGGAGCCGCUCCUGGGCGGCAGCGCCGCGAUGCCGGGCGCGUCCCUGCAGCGGGCCUGCCGCCUGCUCGUGGCUGUCUGCGCGCUGCAUCUUGGCGUCACCCUCGUCUACUACCUGUCCGGCCGCGACCUAAGCCGCCUGCCUCAGCUGGUAGGAGUCUCCACACCGCUGCAGGGCAGCUCUAACGGCGCCGCCGCCCUCGGGCAGCCCUCCGGGGAGCUCCGGUCCCGAGGGGCCGCACCGCCACCGCCUUUGCGCUCCUCUUCCAAGCCGCGCUCGGGUGGCGACUCCAACCCAGACGCGGACUCUCGCCCCGGCCCCGGCCCCGGGAGCAACUUGACUUCGGCCCCAGUGCCCCCCACCGCAACACUGUCGCUGCCCGCCUGCCCUGAGGAGUCCCCGCUGCUCGUCGGGCCCAUGCUGAUUGAGUUUAACAUACCUGUGGACCUGAAGCUUGUGGAGAAACAGAACCCAAACGUGAAGGUGGGUGGUCGCUACGCCCCCAACGACUGCAUCUCUCCUCACAAGGUGGCCAUCAUCAUUCCAUUCCGCAACCGGCAGGAACACCUCAAGUACUGGCUGUAUUACUUGCACCCAAUCCUACAGCGUCAGCAGUUGGAUUAUGGCAUCUAUGUUAUCAACCAGGCCGGAGAAACCACGUUCAACCGCGCGAAGCUCCUCAACGUUGGCUUUAAAGAGGCCUUGAAGGACUAUGACUACAACUGCUUUGUGUUUAGUGACGUGGACCUCAUUCCAAUGAACGACCAUAACACCUACAGGUGUUUUUCACAGCCACGGCACAUUUCUGUAGCAAUGGACAAAUUUGGAUUUAGCCUACCUUAUGUGCAGUAUUUUGGAGGUGUCUCUGCUCUAAGUAAACAACAGUUUCUCACCAUCAAUGGAUUUCCUAACAACUACUGGGGCUGGGGAGGUGAAGAUGAUGACAUUUUUAACAGAUUAGCUUUUAAAGGCAUGUCUGUAUCUCGCCCAAAUGCUGUGAUCGGGAAGUGUCGGAUGAUCCGUCACUCAAGAGACAAGAAAAAUGAACCUAAUCCUCAGAGGUUUGACCGAAUUGCACACACAAAGGAGACGAUGCUCUCUGAUGGUUUGAACACACUCACCUACCAAGUGUUGGACGUGCAGAGAUACCCGUUGUAUACCAAAAUCACAGUGGACAUCGGGACACCGAGCUAGCAUUUUGGUGCACUGAUGAGAGACCUGAAAAUGGCCAGGGACCUCUGCUGUGUGUCUCUGCCAAUCUGCUGGGCUGGUCCCUCUCCUUCUUACCAAUCAGAGUGAUAGGCCCUGUCGGCUCAUCAUUCAGACGCCUUUCCAGAUGACUAGGACGAGUGGGAUGUCUGCCCCCAACUUGGCUCGGCGUGUGACUUCUUAGCCCUACGAGGUGUAUGUAAGCAUAAAGACUGUCAGACUUUGAGGGGGUUCUUGGCAUGUUCACAGUGUCACCCCAAAGAAUCAGAGCUAUACACAGCCCUAAAUCUGGUGACGAAGACUCACUCCCUGCGAAAAACUGUUAAUUUGUUGUGAUAUAGGUAAGAAUUUUGCUUUAAAUUGUGGUAUUAUUUCUUUGUGAAAAAUUGGUAAGUGCUGCUGAAA